UUCCUCUGAAGAAACAACCCGGCGUUACGUCAGAAAGUGCAGGGCAAGCAAGUCAGCGUCUUAGGAGCUAUUCGUAGGCAUUGCUGCCAAACCCGGCUUGGGGCUGCUCACGAGCUCACUGCAGCCAAUGCAACUUACAAAUGCAACUCUUUUAAAACAGCAGGAGUAUGUGGUCUCUGUUGCUGGCACAAUUGCGCAAAAAAACAACAUCAACAGUGUAAACGGUGCAAAGAUAAAGAGUAGGCUGGUUUACCCUGUAGCCUCACUGGAAACACCAUGACAUGAUGAAGCAGCAGAGCUUUUUGACGCACAGAGAUUUCUGCAGCAUUUUUUGUGUUUGAUUCUUUGCUGAUCUCAAAGACAACAUGCCCCACGCUCGAAAUAGGAACCCCAGCCCCAUCCCAGAGGUAACAUGGGACACGGGGCUGAAGGAGAUGAACGAGACCUGGAAAGGAGCUAUAGCCUGUCUCGGAGUGGCCGUCUUCUUUGUCAUGACCAUCGGGAUCAUAUAUUGGCAAGUGGUGGACCAGCCUAACAAGAACUGGAUCCUCAGGGGGACUUUUAGCGGACUGAUCUGGGAGAGAAGAACCCACUCGCUGGUCAUACAGACCCUGACGGAGGACAAGACCUAUGUGGAGAUAGACGUCGGGAACGUGGGGAACCCCGACAUCGAGGUUCCCUUCGUGAGGAACCUGUGCUGGCUGAAUAAAACGGAGUUCUGCUAUACGUGGGACUCGGUGGCCGAGGUGAAGAUCUCGCUGGAGGUGAAUGAGGAGACGGAGACGGAGUGCUACAGUAUGACUUGGGCGCCGGUGCACUGUCAUGUGGAGCUGAAGGACUGCUUCUCCAUGACCAACGUGUCCUGGUACGGUGGCGCCAGCGUCCGGGGUCAGACCUGGCCGAUCAACGACCAGAACGCCACCACACAGCCCUUCAUCGUGAGCGAUCUUAAGGACAAUCCCUCAGGCUUCGGCUCUGCCCUGGAACGUUACUUCCUGGGCUCAUCAGGUGUGGCAGUGCUUGUAUCUCCUGAUAUUCCCCUGCAGCUUGGGGUGGACAGCAGGCAGCAGUUCUGCCUGCAGUCGCUGCCCAGUAUGGAGCGUCUCCCUCUGCAGUACACCGUGUGUGUGGCCCACAACGUGAGAGCUGCUCACCAGGAAGCAGUGCAGCAACUCUCCCAGCACAACAGGGAGCUACCCAACAUGAACGCACUGUGGCUGCCGUUCUGGAAGCUGCUCGCCAACAUGGAUUCAGGGCCGAAGGUGGAGAGGGAGCUGAGGACCUUCUCUAAUCGUCUGAGGAGACACCAGCUAGGGGAGGGAGUCAUCAGCCUCAAUGAACAUUCCACCACCCUCCUCUCUGAAAUGGACCAUGACUACCUCAACAGCAGGAAAAGGGGGAUGUCCAAGAGACUGACCAGGGACCUCCCACUUGUCAAGCUUCUUAACAUUUCCAUCACCCUGUCCCCUUUCCUGGGCGUGGACACCACGCAGUUCCACACCUCCCUCGUGGAUGGCACUGAGGCCUACUGGCUCAGUCUCCCCUCAGCCCCUCAGGGACAGCUGAUCCCUGUGAUGAGUCAGUGGCGAGGAAAGUUCUGCGUUAAGCUGAACAUCACCAACCCAGGAGCGGUGAGCUGGUUCCUGGACAGGGUGGGAUCCCUGCAGACCCAUUUGGGGAUGGAGUACGUCAUGCUGGAGGGGGGCGAAGGGAAUCUGUUUGAGGAGCAAGCCCUGCGGCCGUCGCAGGCUCUCAGUGGCGACAAGUACAUCAGCCUGCUGGCCGACCUGGCCACAAGGAUAGGAGACUCCACCAUUGUGACAGCAGGGACACGGUCGAGCCACAAGCCUCUUUUUGUGAAGAUGACCCCCUUGCAGUCCGACUGGAGCCCAAUGGGCCUGAAGGGCAUCAUUCCCUCCCUGCUGCACCACACUCUGCUGGGAUACAACUUCCUCAUUCCUGAUGCAGUAGGUGGCUCUCUGUCUGGAGACCUGGUCACAGAUGAGGAGUUGUUCAUCCGUUGGCUGGAGAUCACAGCCUUUCUCCCUGUUAUCAGCUUCCAUACGCCACCCUGGGUCUGCGGAGAGGACCGGGUGCUAAACCUAACACGGGCAUACAUAGCAAAGCACCAGAGGGAUGUGAUCCCACUGAUAGAGAAGUAUGCAGAGGAGUGGCAGAUGACAGGAAACCCCAUCUACCGGCCAAUGUGGUGGCUCAGUCCCAGCGACCCCAUGACUUUCACCAUCGAUGACCAGUUCCUCAUCGGAGACGAGGUCCUGGUGGCACCAGUGGUGGAGAGGGGGGCAGUGCAGAGGGAUAUUUACUUACCUGAUGGGGGCUUCCAGUGGCAGGACAGCCAGAACGCUCAGGUGUUCGACGGGGGGACGUUCCUACAGGACUAUCCUGUGCCCUUGGAGGAGGUGGCUGUUUUCUUACGGAGAAGCUGAGUCACAUGACCGAUCCGCCGAGUCAUCUGACUUAUCCUGUUACUGUUUUGAAUCAAAUUCUUUUUUUUUUUUUUUUUUUUUAAUUACUCGUGCUGUUCUCAACUUGCACUUUUCCACUGCAGACCAUUGACCCUGUCUCAAGGCUUGAGACGAUAUGUAGAAAGAUUUUUUUUUAUACUUGCACUUUACAGUACAAAAUGAUUUUUUUUUCUCUUUGUGACAGUUUUUUUCUUCCUUUUUUAAAAUGUUAAUCGGUUUUACCUCUUGGCUGAUUUGUUUCCGGACUUUUUUGAUUUGUUCUGCCUUUUUUUUUUUUUUUUUUUUUUUUCCUUUUUUUGUAUGUAAGUCCUGGAGAAAUCUGUGCGUUUACAUACUGCAUUUCUACAGUCUUUAAAUUUUUAGUCGCUGCUGGCUCUCUUGAUAAGGAGGAACAAAGCAAGCCCAUUGUUUUGCUUGAAUCUCUCAAGAAGACCAAAUGAAGAUAUCGAAGGACGAAGGAAAAAAACAGGCUUAUUGGGAGGAAAUUAGCUCACAGAAAGCUUCGUACUGAGACCGACGCACCAUGGUACCAUAUGUCUUGCUCACUCAUCGGAGAGGCUUUUACUUGAACUUUUCAGGCCGACGGGCUGAUAUUUUAUGAAUGUACCUCAAGUUAUGGUUUUUGACUGCUUUACAGAGUCAUCAGACACAACAGCCUAUCACCCCUUAUACAUAGCACUUAUUCUUAGAGUAGUUUCACUUUAUUUAUCAACAUACCACUCCGUUGGACAUGUCUGAAUGUCCCUUAGUACUGUAGGCCAGAUGAACUUGAGGCCAAGCCACUGUAAUUGUAACUCUGGCUAUAUUUGAAUUUAGAUUAGAUGUAACCUUCUUACUAACCUGCUGUAGUAAGGGCUUUUAGAAGGGCUGCUCAUUUUUUAUUAAGUCUGUCUGAUGUUGUGUUGAUAUGCUCUUUCAUGAGUGUCUGAGGAAAGCCUUGUUGACGACACCACAUAGGUUGAAAUUACAUUUUUAACAGAUAGUUUGACAUGCUGGGAAAUACUCUUACUUUCUUUAUUGCAGGGAGUUAGAUUAGAAGGUCGAUACCGCUGUCACGCCUGUAGGGUAAAUAAUAACCUACUGCAGGCAGACUGCGUGUGCUGGCUCCAAAUAGAGUGCUGCAGGAAUGAGUUCUAAAACCUGGAAAUGAGUUAGUAUUUUUGCAACCAUGGUUCCCUCAUCUUGAAGUCUAUAGUUUUUUUUGGUUAGAUGCCUGAAAUAAGAUCUGUGGUUAAAACAAGCUUUAGAGACUUUCACGUUUUGUUCGCUGAUAUAAAAUACAUCAGUAUAUUCCCCACUUGUGAAUUUCUAAGCUUUUAGAUAUCUUAAAAAAGCCGAUCACUAAAAAGUGGCUAAAUGAGACUUUAGAACACCAUCACGCAGAAAACGCCUUUACAGCCACGCUGUGGUGGCAACAUUAAGUCAUCUGGCUGUAAUGUAGUUUGUUUAUAGCCUAACGUUAGUUUUUUACUUCUAGCAAUUGCAUUUUGCUUAAAAAAUCAUGAAAGUGGUGUUAGUUUGUGAAGAUUCUUGUGCUGAAUGUAACAUAAGUAUCAUAAAAUUUGUUUGCAGCAGAGCUUAUUUUCAGCAAUAAUUCAAAAUCCAGUAGAAAAAUCCCACAGGCUUUUUUGUCGAGGGAACCAGGACAAAGCUAACUUCCAUGUCAACCUUAAAAAAAAAAACCCUCAUCCCUGCACCACUCUAUGGGGUUGUGUUUACCGUGUUCACGAGAGGAGUUCGUAUGAACAUGAGAAAUUUUCUAGAAGCUCUGAAUUUACGAGUUGUAAUGUGAUUGCUGAUGUUUUCAGAAAUGGGAGAGGCCAUGGAAGUUCAUUUUUUGGUGGGUGGUUAGUUUAGGUUUAGGUUAAUAUAUUGGGAUUUUAGAAGUUAUUCUUGGUAAUUUUAUACUUUGCAUGAGGAAAAUGUUGAUAUUCCCAACAGCCUCCUCUUUGUCCUCUACUGUAUGCCUCUGCAGGUUAGGUUAUGUGUUGGACUAUUUCUUGAACAGAAGCAGCAACUUCCUCCAGUUUCCAGUUUUCAUGCUAAACUAACGGUCUCCUGGCUGGAGACGUCCUAUUUAUGAUACAGAUACAAGAGUGGUAUCAAAUCUUCUCAUUUACAUCUCAGCAAGAAAGCAAAUAAGUGCAUUUCCCAAAAUGUCAAACUUCCUCUAAUAAGACGGCAAGGGGGAAAGAGCUCUUUAGACCCCAAAAUACAUAAAUAGGAUGCUCUCAUAGGUCAGACGUCUUUUUAUUGCAACCAUCUUGGAUUGAUUUUUAAAAAGUCACAGAGAUGCAGUGGCCAUUUGACAUAAACCCUGAUGAGUAUCUCAUUCUUUGGACUGUCAUUGUAAUCACAUCCAUUUCCAUCGCUUGCUUUAGCUCAGUAGGAUUACUUAUGUCAGAUCAUUUUGUAUUUGGUUUCAACCCUGACUAAAUGCUUUCAGCAAAUGAUAUGUGAAUGAGAUAACUGAUUCUCUUCAUGGAGAAAUGUAAUCACCUUUGCCCCAUGAUGCAUUGCUCUAUGUACAGUUUGUUAGUUAGUUGUCUUUAUUGAUUUGUUCUUCACGAGACGAUCUUAACUGGCCGGCAGUGAUGAUACAGACUCUGAAACCUUAGUGAAUGCUUUACCACUAAAUUGAUUGUGUCACUUUCAUCCAACACGUUUACUGUAUCAACUCCAACACUCAGGUCUACUGAAGCUUAUCAAAUCACCAAAUGUCUUAGUGCAACGCAGUAUGUUGUGAACACAUCAACGUCUUAAUCUCUCCCAGAGCUGAAUGUACAAUGGACAAACUGUGAUUUCCCAACCGAGCCCUUCGUGCGGGGAGCUUUUCUGGUUCCCCGUUCUAAUACUUUUAUGGAAUGCUGUGGUAUGUUCACAUAUAAGUUGCAGGAAAAGCUUUGAUGUGUUAUUCCUUCCCUCUACAGACUGAGCGAAUCAUGUGCCUUAAUAUGCCACUCUUAAAUCUGGACAACAUGAGUGUCUGGAUUAUUGCAGUAUCAGCAAUGUACAUAUUACGAUGACUGUGCCAUUACAAGUGUUUUUCUCUUCUGUAAAUCAGAGAACUUAGAAUGACAAAGUUGCA